AUGAGCACAUACAAUCGAUAUUAUUGUACAUCUUGUUACAGCGUUUGGGAUGAAAAUUAAUGCAUACCAAAAAUUCUGGAUUGUGGACACUCAUUUUGUCUAAAAUGUCUCAAACGUCUAUUCUAGAAUGAUUAAAUAAUCUGUCCAGAAGACAUGUAAACAAUAUUGUCAGUAUUCCAAGGAAAUGUAUAAAGAUUAAUUCACUGAAUCAAUUAAGAACUAAUGAAGAAUUGUUACAUCCUUAACCACAACGUUCAGAAAGAAUUCUGCCAUCAACUCAUUCUUCAUAAUAAGACAUCUCUGUUACCAAAUCAGAGACUGUAACUCAAUCUACUACUCGCUUAUUUAUCAAUGUUCCUGACAAUUCAGUUUCCAUUCGUAAACCACAUUAGAUUUACAAAAAAGAAUAAAUUCCAUGGACUAGAGAACAAUUAUAACAUUGUCAUCAAUAAUUAUAAGAAUCUCAUUAAUAAUUUGAAUUGAACUAGUAAACCAAUUAUAAUGAAGCAUUUAGAAUGAUAAUUCAAUAGAAACGUUGUUUGAUUGAGUAAAUAUAAUAGAAGUUUUCAGAUUUUCAAAUUAAACUCAGAAAUAUAGAAAGCCAACUCUUAUAUGAAUUAAAUAUAGUAGCAUUGAAAAUAGAAGAUGAAAUUAGAUAAAUGCAUAUAACCAUAGAUAAAAAAGCAAUCUCUUAAAUUUAAUCUACCAAAGAAAGGUACCACCAUAUUUUAUAUGUAGUUAGAAUUGAGUAAUUGUUACUCUUAUCUAAUGAUAAACUUAACUCUUAAGUAGAUUUGGUUAAUUCUUUAACACAAUAGACUGAAUAACUAAUCAAUAAUUUAGCCAAACAAGAGACUAUCAUCGUUUAAGAUCUUAUCAAUAAAUAAAUGUAAAUUAAAUUCGAUCUUACUGUCUAUGAUUAUUUACCAUCAUUUUGUACUAUCAAAAAAUAUGACAAUAAUAAUAAAAACUAAUCAUAAAAUAGGACUAAUACAAGAGUUAAAACAUUAAAUGAUUCUAAUUCUAAUCAUCAUACCAAUAAAUCUAAUUAAUCAUUAUCAUUUACUAAUAGUAGUCCAAAACCUAAAGGACAUGAUAACUCCUUUUCAAAACCAUUUCAAUACUCUAAAAAUGCUCAUCACUUAGAAGAACCACCAUAAUAGAGAUUGAAUCCAAGGGAAUUAACAUUUGGAGGUUCAGUACAACUUAGAAAAUCUCAUGAUUCUAGAAGUUUUUCAUCCAAUAACAAAUUAUAUGAAGCCACAGGUAUCGAUCGAAUUGAGGAUCUCUUAUUUAAAGGAUUACCUAUUGAAAAAUUGGAUUUAACCAAUUAAAGUACAUAAUUUAUUAUUUACUUAGAUCUAAAUGAUUAAGAUAUACAAGAACUUAUUAAAUUAAUUCAAUAAUCCACUUCUUAAAUAGAAAUUCUUAAAUUAGGUAAGAAUAGAAUCAGUGAUAUUGGUUUUGAUAAGUUACUCAGUCUUCUACUUAAAAGGAGUGAUAUACACACUCUUAAUUUAUCAAAUAAUGAUUGUACUGAAAAAUCAAUAGAUAUGAUUGAAAGAAGAAUACAAAAAUUACAUGGAAAGACUAUCUAUCUAUCUAAUUGUAAACUCAACAAUUUAAACCAAUUAAAAAAGAAAUAGACUCUAUUUCAAAAUAAAGGCGUUAUUUUAUUUUUGUGA